ACGCUACAUGUCAUAAUGUCUGAAGAGCCGAUGGAAGUCGACGAAACAAAAGCGAAGUGGGGACAUGUUUUGCGUUUGUUGACACGAGGUGGUCCACUCGCUCAUCCUGAAUUUGAACCAAGUUCGGAAACCUUAGGUUUCAUGAGAGACACAUGUCGCAUACUUGUGGUAGGCGCUGGAGGCUUAGGAUGUGAAUUACUGAAAGACUUGGCUCUUAUGGGCUUCUGGAAAUUAGACGUUAUUGACAUGGACACAAUCGACGUGUCAAACUUAAAUCGUCAGUUUCUCUUUCGACGUGACGACGUGGGAAAGAGCAAAGCUGACGUUGCGUCUGCAUUCGUUGAGAGGAGAAUUCCUGGCGCUGUGGUGACGCCUCAUUUUGCUAGGAUUCAGGAUUUUGGACAGAAUUUUUAUUCUAAGUUCCACGUGGUUGUGUGUGGGCUUGAUGCCAUCAUUGCUAGGAGAUGGAUCAAUGGAAUGUUGAUAAGUCUUCUUAGGUAUGACCCGGAUUCCAGAGAACUGGAUCCAUCCUCAAUUAUUCCGUUGGUUGAUGGUGGCACGGAAGGAUUCAAAGGCAAUGCACGAGUUAUCCUCCCUGGAAUGACAGCUUGUAUUGAUUGUACUAUCGAACUGUAUCCUCCACAAGUUGUGUAUCCCAUGUGUACAGUGGCUCACACCCCUCGUCUACCAGAGCAUUGUAUUGAAUAUGCUAAGGUUCUUUUGUGGCCACAAGAAAAGCCAUUUGGUGAUGGAAAGCCAAUCGAUGGCGACGACCCUGUUCACAUCCAAUGGCUAUUUGAUAAAGCUCAAGAACGAGCAAAGGCAUAUAACAUCCAUGGAGUCACAUAUCGUCUUACUCAAGGUGUUGUGAAAAAUAUUAUCCCAGCAGUUGCCUCUACAAAUGCAGUUAUUGCAGCUACAUGUGCAAACGAAGUUUUCAAGAUUGCAACAAGUUGCUGUCUACCAUUGAAUAAUUACAUGGUGUUCAAUGACGCAGAGGGUAUUUAUACGUACAGCUACGAGGCAGAGAGGAAAGAAGAUUGUCUUGCAUGUAGCAGUAAACCUCAGCUGUUGAGAUUCCAUGAUUCUGUCACUCUUCAAGACGUUGUUACGUAUUUGACCGACAGUGCUGCAUAUCAGAUGCGGGCACCUGGGAUUACUGCCAUGGUGAGUGGCAAGAGUAAGACACUAUACAUGCAGUCGGUAGAGAGUAUCAGACAGGCAACAAAAGAUAAUCUAAAAAAGAGUUUGAAAGAGCUGGGAAUUGAAGAUGGGCAUGAACUGGUGGUCGCUGAUGCGACAACACCGAAGUCACUGAUUUUUAAUGUCCAAUUUGUUGUUGACAUGGAGUAGUAUCAUAUUUUGUGUAGCUUGCAAAAUUUGCGAGUUAGACUUGCCUUGUUAUUUAACUGGCUGAAUGGUUGUGAGCCAAUCUUUUACAUACAUAUGUGUGUAUAGGCAUGGCAAUUUUUGUGUAUGCCAUGUACUCCAUACACUAUAUAAUGUGACAGAUUCUGAA